AUGCAAGAGUCAGAGCUUAUGGUGCGCAACGUUUUCAUCUACAAGACAGUAGAUGGAAGCCAAGAUGGAAGCCAGUUUCUUCUCGGCUACCAGACUCGGAAUGUCAUGGAGAACACGUUCCGUCUGAUCGAGGCGAAUCGUAUUGCAGACUUAUGA